AUGAGAAAAGAGAAAAAAAGAAAAGGUGGCUUCAGUGGGGUUGUGGCUGUCAUUUUGAUGACAUUUGCAGCAGCUGCCCUGCCAUUAUUAUUAUUUUUAUUUAUUGCUCUGUUUUCUAUCCCUGCCUCCUGCCUGUACUGUAUAUUUCUCACUUCCCCUAUACCCCUGUGGUAUAGCCUACAGCCACUUCCUGAACAAUGCAUUAUGUUUUGUUCUUUCACUGUUGUUUCUGCAGUCAUGGACACUGUCAUGAAGGGUAAACCUAACAGCAUACUUAUUAUAAUAAGCAUUCUUCAAGGAAUACAGAGUGUCUCUAUAGAACAUAAAACGGAGGUGAAUGCGACAGUUGGACAAAACAUCAGCUUGCCAUGCAUCAUGCCAGAGAAGCAUCCAAAAAUCAUCCAACUACAAUGGCAUAAGGAGGGAAAACAUGGACACCAAAAAUUAGUGACAUUUAAUCCUACAUUUCCUACUUAUUAUUAUGCAAAUGUUACACUGCAGCUGGUGCCAGAAACAAACAGCGCGGACAAACGAGGCUCCAGCUUGCAUUUGCAAGAUGUUACUGAGGAGGAUAGUGGAGAAUAUGUUUGUGAAAUCGCCUCAUUUCCUGAUAGCAGCAUUAAAAGCUUCACAAAAGUGCAAAUUACAGUGCCAAAGGUAUCAAUGACGGUCAUGCCUACAAACAGGCCUAUAAUAGAAGGGGACACAGUGAACAUCACAUGUGUCAGUAAUCCACCACCUGCCAAGUACAUAUUAUCAUCCUCACUGGUGAGAAAAAAAAUUAAAAUGUACUGCUGCCAAUUUCUUUCCACUGUGGAUCAGUCAGAAGCUAUCCACCUUCUUCUGCACUGUGUGACACUAUUGUAUCCCACUUUACCACCAUCUUGA